CGACAUCACUAAGAAAGGCAUGUCUUCCAAGCCUGGCGUCAAGGAAUACAUUUCUUUGAAGCCUAAAGUCAAGAAAGGCAUCUUUCGAAAGCUUAAAGCCGAGCAAGGCACGCCCCCCGAAUCUGAAGGCAAGACGAGGGUACUUUUCACGAAGUUCCCCAACCUACCUGACGAGUUACAGGUACUGAUUUGGGAGUUCACUAUCGUCGGAGCCGGACCUAGACUUGUUGAAAUCAUCACGCGGCCUUUGGCCAGGAAACAACCCUGCCAGAUGGAAACGGAAGCUGCAGAGAAUGUAACGCCCAAACCGAAAUGGGGUAUUACCUCGGAUUGUCCUGUUCCACUACUGCUGCUGGCUUGUUAUAUGUCCUACGAAAUUGCUUCAAAGCACUACCAGAAAGCUUUCAAACUAGGUGGAUGCCAAAACUUGCGCGAAACUUACUUUAAUUUUGAAAGGGACAUCCUCUACCUGACGGAGAUGGCAUUUCAAAAGCACGAACCCUCCCCUUCUCUCAACUUGAAAUAUCUCAACACAAUCACAGACCUCAGCAAGGUGCAAAAUCUUGCAAUUCUAGCCUCGGAGGGUCGAUCGACCUGGCAUUUGAAAAAGUAUCUGUACUCCCUAUUGAAUUUCUUCAGCGGAAUCCAACACCUCACCCUCGUGGUUGGGUGCCAGCAAAAGGAUCUCGAGAAAUUUUACGGCACACCUCCCUCCGAGUCUGCCUCGGAAAUCGUUCUUUAUAACCAUGAUAUCUUUGAGAACGGCAACUGGGGCAUCGAAGACAGCACAUUCAAACUACCGAAUAAGGGAUCUCCUCGCUGGUGUCGCAAUAUGGUUCGCUCGUUGAAAGAGGAAAUGAAUGAUUUUCAAGAUUACAAAGAGAGGAAAGAUGUAGCAGAUGGGAAAUCGUAUUUCGUCAUUCCGUCGAUCGAUUAUAAGAUCGAGUUGCAAAAAGGCUUGCUGCAGAAGCUUUUGGAUGACAAGGCAGCUCAUGAUGCCAGAAGGGCGACCAGAGGGCCUGCCUACCGGUUGACCGCUGCGGAAUUGCAUUUACAGAACCGUGUCAGCAACACGAGGCACAAGAUCAAAUUUUCUUUCGCCGAUUCUGCUCCUUAGGGGACGGAAAUGGUUGCAGAACCGGAUCCAAU